GCCAUCCUGGCCCCACGGGGCUCCGGGCGCGUCCUGCCGCGGGCAGGGCCGAGCGAUCCGCAGCCCGAACUUGCGCCCGCAGCCAUGCAGUAGCCCAAUUGCGAGGAGCUUUGCCUUUGCACCUCCUCUUCCCCUCCUGCCCUCCCUCUCGCGCGGAGGGGACCGCCCCGGUUCCAGGCUCCAGGCUGCUUUAUUCUGUGGCCGAGGGUCAGGCACUCAAAUACGGGCUGUCUCACGCCCUCCACCUAGACUUAGGCGCCAGAGCUCGGGCUUCCAAAUUGUUGUUUUUAAUUGCACCUGCCUCGGACAUUACCUCCGGGAAGCUGUGGGAGGAGCCAGAGGGUGGAAAAUGCUGCCUCGCUUUGCAAAAGGAAGAAAACUUUGUCACCCUGCAGGAGACCGCUGCCACGCGUAACCAGCACAAGCGCGGGCUUGGACUCCGACUUUGCACCCCGUGGUUCCGUAGGAGAAAGUGGGCGCCGGAUUCCGCGCUCCCAAGAUUCCAGCCCCUGGGUGGCGUGGCGCGAGUUCCCCGCUCCACCUCCUCCCCGCGGAAGUCCCCACGCGGUGCCUCCGCAGGGGAAAUACAGCUCUAAAGAACGCGUGGCUCGGGAGCAGCCCCAGCGGCCGGCCGAGGCAGAGAGGGCACCGAACCCCGGGGCGAGUCCCGGGCUUAACUUCUGGUUAAAGUUAUGGGAAGCGCGGCCAUGGACACCAAGAAGAAGAAAGAGGUUUCUAGCCCUGGAGGGAGCGGCAGCAGGAAGAAUCCCAGUCAGAAGAGGCGAUCGCUGCGAGUGCACAUUCCGGACCUGAGUUCCCUUGCCAUGCCGCUUCUCGACGGAGACCUGGGCAGCUCAGAAAAACAUCCCUCCCGCAAGGUGGACAGCCCCCUCGGCUCGGGCAGCCCCUCCAGAGGGCUCUUCUCCAGAGGCCCUCAGGCCCGGCCCUCCAGCCCCAUGUCUGCACCCGUGAGACCCAAGACCAGCCCGGGCUCUCCCAAAACCCUGUUCCCGUUCUCCUACCAGGAGUCCCCUCCGCGCUCACCGCGCCGCAUGAGCUUCAGCGGGAUCUUCCGCUCCUCCUCCAAAGAGUCUUCACCCAACUCUAAUCCAUCGACCUCACCCGGGGGCAUCAGGUUCUUCUCCCGCUCCAGAAAAAGUAAGACACUGGUGCUAUGGUUUCAGCCUCCAACGUCUCCUCUUCCCCGUCCACGCCUACCCAUGUGACCAAGCAGCACACGUUUCCG